CUAGUCGCUUCAUGCUACAGAAACCGGGAUAAGCUCCGGCCUGAUGGGCCACUUGGCUCGCAUGCAGACUUUAUGCAGAUCUUCUUAAGGUUAGUAGCACCAUUAGAUUGAAAGCCGUUGGAAACCCAAGACUCUCGUUAGCUCAGUCUUCUAUUAGCACGUUGGCAGACUAUGAAGUGUGCAAUACUUGUUCACCACUCACUGAACCUAAGGAAGACGUAAUCUUGGACUAUCACGUUUUCAAUAGCUUAAGGAAUUUAAUGAUUCAACCAUUCUGCCUGGCAGUGAAGGCUACAUCAUCUAAUGACUGCGCUUAUACACCUCGUACAGUUUAUACUCAUUGUUAAUUAUAUUCACUGUGAUAUAACGGCUAGCUCGAAAGGUUCUGCCCCUUCCGCCACUACACAGUUCUUUCUUGUUCAAUGAAAUUUCGCAUUUGUGUUCUGCUUUUCAGCUAAAAUAGUUUUUUAUUGUAGUAGAACAAAGUGCAUUAAAUGAAUGGCUUGAACUUGGACAUAAUUCAGACAAUACAUUCACGCUUUCUCUCAGCAGAUGGGUAAACUGACAAAGUUCGUUUUAGUGGGUUGGUUUGUGGCGUUUGGUUUGUGCUGUCUGAAAGAUGUUCAUCCGGGGAGAUGUUCCUGCGUGUCUUUUGGCCACACCCGAAUCAUUGUAACGUGUACAGGAAUUAAGCAAGUGCCACGUGAUUUACCGUCCAAUACAGCAAUGCUAAAUCUCUCGGGAAAUCAUUUGAGGGCGAUCGAAGAAGACGCCUUUCGAAAUCUAACAACACUUGGGGCCAUAGAUCUUUCAAGGAACAGCUUGAAGUCUAUUCCACUAAACACUUUCCGGAAUCUGAAGCUACUGAGAUACAUGCAAGUAGAGUUAAUCUGAUCUGCGUUACAGUCUCGAACGUCGAGAAAUUGGCGCUUUUGUAUUCACAGUCAGGUCAAUUUCUUGCAGCUCAUCCGGCAGGUCUAUUUUCAUGACCCGUACUGGAUCAUAACCCUACUAGCUAUUUAGCACCUCAUUAAAGUGUGCUAACAAUCUCCAGGUUUUACUGUCUUCAUUACUGAAGAUCUUGCCAUUUUUGUCCUUAUCUCCAGAACUUUAACUUGCCUCUGUCUUUCAAUACUCGUUACUCUGAGUAUACGGUGUCUUCGUGUGUUGUUAUCUAACUGCAUUUUAGGUUUCUAGUUCGGCUAUGAUAGGUUCAGAUGUUCUGAGUUUCCUUGAGCUGAAACAUAGUUGUUCCAUGUAAUUAACAUCGCAGAAUUCUUAAAGACAUAAAAGCAAGACUUUUAUAUUCCUACUUGUAGUAAUCUUGCCGGCAACAACAUCAAAGGUGGAUUUUACCUCCCCGGAAAUGCUUCAAGAGUCGAAAUGCAAGACAACAGGAUAUCGUUGACUGAUUUAAAAAUUAUUCUUAAAGCGUCAAAAGACAUCAACUUCUUAGAUAUAUCAGGAAAUCCAAUUGGACCUAAUUUAACUUCAGACACUUUUGCUGGAUUUCAUAAGAUGGUUCAUUUAUACAUGGCCACAUGUGGUCUCCAGCACAUUGAGACUAGAAGCUUCAGAGCGAUGAACAAAUUGAAGGAAAUCGACCUUUUCUCAAACAUGCUGUCGCAUAUAGAACCAGGUACCUUUGAAGGGCCAUCUGAGGGUCUCCUUAGUUUGUUUCUUCAUUACAGUGAGCUAAAAACAAUAGCUGAUGGAACAUUUCGCCGUUUUAGUCGACUGACUGAUUUGCGACUGUGUCAUAACAAGCUGACAACUCUCCCGGAUUUGACUGGACCUGCAACAAUGACAAAUCUGUGAGUUAAAAUUAAUUAAGAAUUUAUGCCACGUUAUCUGUUGUUUAGUGGGUUAUCAUUUUAUCCCCCACUGAAUUAUUGUCUGAUUGCACGACUAUUACUCGAUAAUAUGAUCCUCUUCAACGUCUCUUAGAUAAUCAAGCGAUGGGUAUUUCCACAUACACCAUCAGGAUAGCCUCUUAACCUAAAUGACUUUGAGCGAAUUGUUGAAUACAUAGACAUCGGGCCAUACCUAAUCCUCCUUUCUUUUCUUUCACCGAUCAUUGUUGUCUUUUUUAAACUUAUGGUUCUUGUGG